UGUCCUAUACCGGGGUGUGGGAGUACGUUUACGAGGAGUUUUAAUUUGAAAGGCCACAUCCGCUCCCACAACGAAGAAAAACCAUUCCAGUGUCAUUGGCCCGGAUGCGGGAAAGGGUUCGCGAGGCAACAUGAUUGUAAACGGCAUGAACAGCUGCAUACGAAUUAUAGGCCUUUUACGUGCGAUGGGUGUAAUAAGCAGUUUGCGAGGAUGGAUGCGCUUAAUAGGCAU